GAACGAUAAUAAGUCUCAUAAAUAAAAUAACCCCAUUGAUUCGUUUACCCAAUCCUUGAAAAUCCUCCAUUGUUUCUCAAUACCCUUCGCUUCACUCUCAGCUGCAGUAGUAGCAGGAAGAAGAAGACGAUGGAAAUGAGCAGCUUAACUUUCACAACACCAUCAUCUUCGACAACAAAGCCACUCAGCUUCUUCAACCAUGGCUUGAAACAAUUGAAACCUUCAACCCCGUCAUUUUUUUCUGGAACAAAUUCAUGGAAUCAAAACAGAAGCAGAAUCACCCAUGUGAAGGCCUUAAAAGGGUCAAUUGAACGCAAUACCCUCUCUUCGAAUUGGGAAUUUUCAGCCACCGCUGCCCCCAGGUUGCCCAGAUUUGAAGAACUUGAUAUUACCAACAUGCUUCUUCGUCAGAGAAUCAUCUUUCUGGGUUCUCAAAUUGAUGACACUACAGCAGAUUUUGUCAUAAGCCAGCUCUUACUUUUAGACGCAGAAGACCCCAAGAAGGAUAUUAAGUUGUUUAUCAACUCUCCUGGAGGAUCAGUGACUGCAGGGAUGGGAAUUUAUGACGCUAUGAAACAGUGCAAGGCAGAUGUAUCUACCACUUGUAUGGGAUUAGCUGCGUCCAUGGGAGCAUUUCUUCUUGCUUCUGGUAGUAAAGGCAAGCGCUACUGCAUGCCAAAUUCAAGAGUGAUGAUCCAUCAGCCACUUGGAACAGCUGGCGGCAAGGCAACAGACAUGAGCAUACGUAUCAGAGAAAUGGCGUACCACAAAGUCAAGCUCAACAAAAUCAUGUCCAGAAUCACAGGAAAGCCAGAGGAGCAGAUUGAAAUUGACACUGAUCGUGACAAUUUCAUGAAUCCAUGGGAGGCAAAAGAAUAUGGAAUAGUAGAUGCAGUUAUCGAUGAUGGUAAGGUGGGUUUGGUUGCACCCAUCGGAGAUACUGCCCCACCUCCAAAAACAAAGGUGUGGGAUCAAUGGAAGAUCGAGGGUAGCCGCAAAGCCAGGAAGAAUCUUCCAUCCGAGAGCAAGAUGUCACAGACUGGAUAUGCUGACGAGAACAAGGGUACUCAACUAGAUAAGGAAACCCCAACUUCAGUAUAAGGGCCAUCACCCACAUUUCUCCAACCAGUAUAGAUUUACACUGUCUUUCCAAAUUGUUUUACUCACGUAGAAGUAAUUUGAUAUAUGUGUAACCUUGCAUUUUUUAUGAUUAUUUUGUGGUAGUUGUUCCA